ACAACCGGCGGUGAACUAGAAACCCCUUUGGAGUACACGUUCCUAUGUUUAUUUAAAUAUUUACGGGACAGAUUGAACAUUGUCGAGAGCAGAGUUUGUAUUUUAAUCCAACAUGAGUUCGUCAAUGCCUCAGAAGCGUUACUACAGACAGCGAGCCCAUUCAAACCCUAUGGCUCACCACACGUUUGACUAUCCUGUGUGUCCAGAGGAAAUGGACUGGUCCAAGCUGUAUCCAGACCUCUUCACAGGAAACCUGUCUGAGAAAGAGACCCCACAAGUGGAGUUCGCAGACAUUGGAUGUGGAUACGGGGGGCUUUUAGUGGAGUUAUCUCCACUUUUUCCUGAGAAGCUCAUCCUGGGCCUGGAGAUCCGAGUCAAAGUGUCAGAUUAUGUUCAGGAUCGUAUCCAGUCAUUGCGAGCCUCUGAGCCGGGAAGCUACCAGAACAUCGCCUGCAUUCGCAGUAAUGCAAUGAAGUACCUGCCCAACUUCUUCUCUAAAGGACAGCUCAGUAAGAUGUUCUUCCUCUUCCCCGACCCUCACUUUAAGAAAACCAAGCACAAGUGGAGGAUCAUUAGUCCCACAUUGUUGGCGGAGUAUGCUUACACACUGAGAAUUGGGGGUUUGGUGUAUACCAUCACAGAUGUGGAGGAAGUCCACCUCUGGAUGGUGAAGCACUUCACUGAACAUCCACUGUUUACACGUGUCCCUGAUGAAGAACUGGUUGAGGACGUCAUCAUAAAUCGUUUGGGUACAUGUACAGAAGAAGGAAAGAAAGUGCAGAGAAACGGAGGGAAGAAUUUCCUCGCAGUUUUCCGAAGGAUUGAGGAUUUAAACUAAGACCAAACUACUUGGACAUGCAGGAAACAACUAUCAUGGUGUUAAGCAGUCUUUCAGGCAUGAACUGCACAGAGGAUGAUACUGCCCUGUGGAAUUGGAGGCUGUGGCUUGUUCCACAAGCAGAUGAAACAGUGAUUUUUUUUUCCCUGGAAUUAAUGAACAAACAUAUACUUCCUUUCCUGACAGUUUUGACACAUAAUUUACAUAUUUCAUUCCUUAGCUCACAAAAGACGCCACAAGGGAAGUAAAUCACAAAAGGAUUUUUAUUCAGACUAGGCUAGCACAGUGUUUUGUGGAGCUUUUUUAAAAUAUUGCCUCUUUUUUUUUAAAUGGUGUUCUUCAGUUUCUUUUCCUAAAAGUGACUGCAUUGUUUUGGAUUAAAGCUGUAAAUUCUAUCAGUAAAACAACUAUAUGUUGUAUUCUUGCAUUGCUGUUAUUGUGGGGCCUUUCUCAAAAAACCAAGUUUGUUUGAAAAAAAAAAAAAAAACACGAGAUCAGUUGCUUUUAUCUUCAGCCCCUA